AUGUCAGAUGCAGAUGUUAUGGCGGAGGCCUAUUCCAGCAAUGGGAACGUAUCAUAUAAUGAUAUGCAAGUGAACGCCAGUCGCAUAACUUGCCGCUUUUGUGGGAAACGUUUCGCUCAAGCCGGAUAUGUUAAAGCCCAUGAGAGACUGCAUACCGGUGAAAAACCUUACCAUUGUUCAGUGUGCGGGAAGCGAUUCAGUGACCCCAGCAACUGGAAGAAACACGAGAAGGUACAUUUCAAGAACAAAACAAACAAUCCACCGGCCCUUCAGGAGAAGCCGGACAACACGUCGAACACCCCACCGUCACCCCCAGCGCCCCCCACCAAACACUUGUCUUACCAGUACCCACUUCUUCCCUCGAGGAAGCUCCGACCCGAUUCUUCGUCGGUGAAUAACACCUGCAAAAUUUGCGGCAAGAUUUUUGCUAGUCAGAGUAGCUUGGCCAUACACCGGCGCAUCCACACAGGAGAGAGACCGUACAAAUGUGAGACGUGUGGGAAGGGAUUCACGCAGAUCGGCACUCUACGCACCCACGAGAGGAUUCACACAGGAGAAAAGCCGUACGAGUGUCGCGUGUGCGGCAAGACCUUCGCGCAGUGCGGCAGCUAUCGCAUGCACGAGAAGCGACACUUUAACGACUACAACUAUCGCUGCCAGAUCUGUUACGGUAGCUUCAGUUCCUGGCAAGAGCUGGAGAAUCAUGUCAAGACCGCACACGACCUGGAUAAGUACGUGUUAGAGUCUUCGCCCGUGGCGGGCGCCACUGCCAAUGAAAUGCACAACUUCGGGAGCAUGGAGCAGUCGAACAACUCACGGUCCACUCCCAUGGAUGGUCUGAACAUGAGUCACGAAGAUCUGGCCGUCAGCAUAACUAAUGGAGACAUGAAUUCUGGUCAAGGCCCCAUGCCACCGCUUCCUGGAAGCCUCCCGCCUCAUACACCCGACCCAAGGGCAUUCACGCCCGAAAUGCUGGCAGCGGCUUAUGGCCCCACCCUCAUGACGAACGGAGGUAUGCUCGUCAUGGCGACGUCCGACCACUCGAGGUCGAUAGGGGCUUACCCCCGGGACAUUCUCCCAAUGAGACCUGAUCUGCACAAAUCCCCCGCUUCUUCUCCAGAAGGGACCAACACUGUUACCACGACGACCAUUAUGAUGCCCAGCUCUCGCAAGCCUAGCACGGACUCUCACCUCUCCGGACAGCUCUCCAAUCAGGACCAGCCCUACGAUCUGAGCUCCAAGAGCGACCUGGACACCCGUGGAUGCGAGUCUCCCCGCGACGAGAACACCCCAUCUGAGAACUGCAGCUUCUCCAGCGGACAGUCGAACGAACCGACGGACCUGUCAAUCAAAGAGGAGCGCCCUCAGCUGACCAUUACCAACCUGCGCAAGCGCCUGUCAAACCACUCUUCUAACAACCGGAAGCAGAAGCACCCUAUGCGGCGCUGCAACAGUAGCAACGACUACGAAAGUUUGCAACCCAGUUCCACGGGAAUCAGCACGACAGCAGACAGUCCGCCGGAGGACAUGAAAGACGCCGAAGACCACACCUUGGUGGAUUACCUGCUCACAAAGGGGAAAGUCUUCAAGUGUCAACACUGUAAAGUCAUCUUCGAGGAUUGCACUCUUUACCUUCUUCACAAUGGCUUCCACUCGCACGACGGAGAUCCUUUCCGAUGUGGGAUAUGCAAAGCGGCCUGUAAAGAUCGCUUUGAUUUCAAUUGCCAUCUAACAGGCCACAUUAAAUAGGAGUGCCCUGUUCCUUGGAAAUAUCGUCAUGGUUUAGAUUUGAGUUGUUGUGUUUGUUUCUUUUUUCUCUCUUUUUUUUGUAAAGCCUUCGUGGUUAAUUACUCAUUUUCAUUCAGCAUUCCAUUAGACUUUAACUUGUGACAAAUGGACGUUUCG